CACAGUGAUACGCGGUGACGACGUACUCAGGGAGAUAUGCUAAGACCACAGCUUAGACUGGGCAGUCUGCACAUGCAAAAGAGGACGUUUGUCUCCUCGCCAACGGAUGUUAUAACGGUGCUGACCUCAGGGCUCGAGGCUCUCCACUCGACAACCCCACUGACGUGGUGGAUGAUAAUACCGAUGGCCACCAUCACGUUCAGAACCAUGUUUACGCUACCAAUAGCCAUAAUCCAGAGAAGAAGAACACAGAGACAGGCACAGCUGACGCCCUUGGUCCAGGCGAUGGGUCCUAUUCUGAGGCUGAAAUUGGCACAGAGGGCUACAAGCGCAAAGGCUCUGGAGUCACAGCAGCAGUCACCAGAGGCUAAGAUGAUUGGUGGCCAGGCUGCAGGGUUGAGCUACGAGCAGAUCAUGGUUCUCUCGUCGAAGGAGAGAAGGAGAAGGCAGAAGAAGCUGUACAAGGACCACAACUGCCAGAUGUGGAAGAAUCUGAUCCUUCCUGGAGUUCAGAUCCCACUGUGGAUUGCGAUGAGUGCCACGUUUAGAGAUCUGACCGGAUGGACAGACAUCACGUCGAAUCCAAUGGACCCAGCCUUGACUACAGAGGGGUUCCUGUGGGUGAGCGACCUCACCCUCAGUGACCCCCUGGCAAUAUUGCCAAUUGUGCUUGGGACGCUGGCACUGACCAACGUCGAGUGGAAUGCAAAGACGUACUCAUUACAGAACACCCAUGUUCGUCGCUCGCUGAGGAUCACACCAUUGGAGUCCAUACUGAACAUCUCCAGAUUCGGCACCGUCUUCCUGAUGGCCAUUGCAACACAGGCUCCCAGCGGACUGGCGUUGUACUGGAUCUCUUCCAAUGCGUUCUCACUGACUCAGAACAUGGUGCUGGAUAGGUACAUCCCAAUGAGAUACCAGGAACAGGAGAGAUGGAGUGGCAGAGAGGCUCCAGAAGGCUCGAGACCGUUGGCUAGCAGACCUGAGAGAGAGUGAUGUGUGGUGUCUCACGGAGCCUUGUUGGAUUGUAAAUAGCUUCACCGGCCAGGUGGUGAUAAUUGACGAGUGCUUUGGUGGGUUUUCCCCUGCCAGAUGUGCAAUAUCAUAGAUUCCUUGCUUCAAUUGGGUAUUAAUACCCAUAGCACGAUUAUAAUAAUUAUAUAAUAUAAUAUAAUAUAAUAUAAUAUAAU